AUGGAUGCGUCACCAGUCGUGUCCGAGGACGAACAUCGCCCAGAACAUAGUGCCCUGCGCGAGCCACCACACAGCGGCGACGAUCAGCCCGGCGACGGCGGCGGCGUCGCGGGCGACGUAGGACAGCGACCGCCACGGAUCCCUGACCCAGCAGUGCGGGGGGAUGGCCGCCCUGACGUCGGCGAUGCGGAACGGCGGCGGAGCCGCCGGGUCGAACCGCUCACCGGCGUCGGCCUCCGCCUUCUGCGCCGCCGGGUCCGCCGCGCGCUUCUUCAUCAGCUCCCGGCAGCCGCCGUCGAUGGCUCCGCCGCCGCUCAUUCUCCUCCAUUGUUACCAAGAAAUGGAACCCAGCCCACUCUGAGCAGAGAUAAAAGACCUGGACACUACAAACAAGACAGAAACGAAGGUAAGGACAAUGAAUAA